AUGGCAUUGCAAAAGCAGCUGGAACAGCUCGAACAAAAACGCGAAGUAGGAGGAGUCGAUAGUUUGAAUCCAAUCAUAGAGAGAUAUUUCGCGAUCGGAGACAAAUUUUAUUCGGGCGAUACGGCCGCGGUUAGUAAUACGAAUGGUUCUCAUGGAGACGACGGUACUACAAAUACCCGCGAUCAGCAAAUACGAUUACGCCGAAUCGAGAUCCCGAAAUUCGACGGAGACAUCGGAAAGUGGAUCCAAUUCAAGAGGAGUUUCAUGACGCUGGUGGACGCGCGCACCGACAUGUCGGAUUUAGAAAAACAUAUAUACUUCCGUGAAGCUCUUACCGGUAGAGCGCUUCAGACGAUCGCGACAUAUGCACCGACCGGGCAGAAUUAUAAGAACGCGUGGGAAAUUUUAUUGAAAACCUUCGACCGGCAACGCAUGCUCUUGGCACGGGCCAUUGACGCCUUCAUAGACACUCCACGGCCGAAAAACAUGUCAAUAGAAGAGAUGACACGGCUUGCGGGUGACUUGCGGGCCAAUGCAGAUACUAUCACUUCUUUCAAUAUACCACACGCACUGAUGGUCCGCCUCGGCGAACGCAUUCUACCCCGCGACCUUCGACAAGAAUGGGACAAACAGUUAGAUGCGGAUAAUUAUCCGACUAUGAAUCAGCUUUGCGACUUUGUAAACGAAUACACACUCCGUAGCGUCGCGUCGUCGAAUACUCCAUCGACAUCGGGAAACGAGCCUCACGCAAAACGUAGACAUACUGAUACGAUGACUUUACGGCCACUAAAGCGACAGGAGACACAUAUAACGCGUACAUUUCUUACUCGGACCUUAACUAAUUGCCUUCUUUGCAAACGAGAUAAACAUCUUUUUACCAAUGCCCCCGGUACCAUGACCUGA